AUGUCAUGUGACCCACUAACCCCCAGUCCCACUGUGGCGACUAGUCUGUGGAGAGAACUAUCUCAAAGUCGGGGUUCAUUGGCCGAAGAAGCGAAAGCUUUGUACACCAAGCACGCUCGUUAUCGAACUAAGCCAACCCCAGACGAAAUUACUUCGCUAAUCCAAGUGGAAAUGUGCAGAUAUUCCGCGGUGUUUAUCAUGAUCGAUGCGCUAGAUGAGUGUCCUGAAGACCGCAGAGUUCGCGCAACUUUUAUCUCAAAGCUACAAUACAUCUCGACCGCAACAGCCUCGACGGACACUGAAGUACGAAUCCUGGUGACAUCUCGUUUGACCAACAGCUCUUUCCUGAAGGCGAAUGAGAUCGAAAUCCGGGCUACCGAUAGUGAUAUCGAACGCCUUGUCCGCCAGCGGAUUGAGGACGGCAUCUCAGACGAUGAUGAAGUUUCACAAUCUGUCCAGAGAAAGAUGGCACUCAAGGAUGAGAUCGUUGCGAUGAUCGUUGAGAGGGCGAGCAAGAUGUGGGUUCCCAUCAAAGACGGGCAUAUGCGGUGGCAAAACGUACUGAUCAGCAUUGUAGCAAGGCUACAACUAGACUCACUGGCAACUAAAACUACUCUGAGAAAUCUGCGUGAAUCAAUCAAGCGUUCCCCCAAAGAUCUGGAUGAGCUGUACCUUGAGGCAUGGAGCAGGGUCACUAACCAGAACAUUGACUCCCGAUGUGAUGCCCAGCAGGCAUUGUGCUGGCUUUCAUGUUCAUUUCGACAACUUAAGGUUCAAGAGCUUCAACAUGCUCUUGCGACUAGGGAAGGGGACAAAGCUGUGAAUCAGGAAAGUCUGGUGAACUUUGACCGUCUCAUUCGUUCGUGCGCAGGCCUGGUGACCAUCGACAAAGAGAGUCAGAUCGUCCGGCUGGUCCAUCAGACAACUCAAGCAUUCUUCGAAGGCAAGCUUGCAAUAUAUUUCCCAGAGGCUCAUGUUCGACUUGCUAGAGUGUGUCUUACGUACCUUCGCUUCGAUGAAUUUGCUCAAGGGCCCUGCGAUUUCAUCUCAACUCGUCCAUUCGAGAUACAGAUCAGAUGUGAAGGUCCCGUUGCGGCGAGCAGGUUCUUGCCCACGCGGCUAAUGCGCAAUCCAUUCAUGGAGUACGCCGCCCACCAUUGGGGUGAUCAUGCCCGUGGUGAAGCAAUUGAAAAAGAACUUGAAAGCGAAAUCCUGAAUCUUUUGAGGACACCGAAGGCACUCGCAAGCGCUGUCCAAACCCAAUAUCGGGGUGCUAUUCUAAGCUAUGGACGCUCACUCCAUAGCUCGAGACAUACGCCGAUCCAUGUUGCUGUGUCAUUUGCGCUGGAAAACGUUCUCGAGGCCUUGCUCAGAGACGUCUUAGGCUUGGACCUCAAUGCCAGAGAUAAAAAAGGAAAGACAGCUCUCCAUUGGGCUGCAGAAUCUGGGCUAGCUGUCUGCGCACGACUGUUGUUGGCGGCUGGGGCUGACAUCAAGGCGCAAGAUUCGAAGAAUUACACCGCACUGUACAAAGCAUCCGCUUUUGGUCAUGCAUCCAUCGUAGAAAUGAUUCUGAAACACGACAAGACUGCUAAGCUUGAGACGAGAGAAAUCAUGUGUGCAAUCCGCUCUAAUCAGAAGCUGGUCGUCGAAACCUACAUACGUGCGGCUCCAAAUCCCACAGAUAGGGCAAAUCUGACGCUUAUGAGGUCUUCGGCCUUGGGCAAACCAGACAUCAUAGAACUUGCUAUUUCUCUUGGCGCGAGUGCCAAUGUCGAAGAUAAGAAAGGCCGCACUCCACUACUAGUAGCAGUGGAUAACGGUUGCAGCACCGCAGCGCAGGUUCUUAUUACUGCAGGAGCUUCGACCACCGUGCUUGACGAAUCUGGCAGAAAUCUGCUGCAAGUAGCUGUGUCCUCCCAGAAUAUAUUCCGAGAGCGUCUUGAAAAUAUUCGAGACUAUGAUUACAGUCUUGCGGAGACAGUUGACGCAGGUGUCUACCAGCUCCCGGUCCACAUAGCAGAUGACCCACGUCAAACCUUCCUGAAGCGUUUAUAUCAUUGGAUCGAAAUCGCCCCUGAUCCCUUGAUGGAUCUUAUCAAAGAUCCCGACUUCAUUGCGGCAAUAAACGAGGAUCACGAGCACCCAGAAAUCAUUCGACUACUGCUUGAUCAUGGAGCCGACCUAAAGGUCAAGACCUCUGAAGGUGAGACAGUACUGCACCUGGCGAUUGGCAGCGCGCCACGAGUCAAAGUGCUGUUGGAGAGGGGAGCACGAGUACUGGAUGUUGAUGCUCGGGAUAAUCGAGGUAGAUCCGCCCUACAUCACGCAGCAGCGGCGGGAAACCAUGCAGCAAUGGAGAUUUUACUCGCCAACCAAGCUGAUGUCACAUUGAGAGAUUUCAAUUGGGCGUCUACCCUGCAUUUUGCUGUCCCGCACCCGGCUUGCGUGAGACUGGCGAUUCAAAAUGGGAGUAGCACGAGAGCAGUCGAUUCUCAGAAGAGGACGGCCUUACAUUACCACGUGCUGCUUGAAGAGUUGGACCCAAACGUGUUUGAUCAGCUCCACGAAGCUGGCGUGAAUCUGCACGCGGUCGACUCCCAGGGUAUGACAGCAAUCCAUUACCAUCACAGCCCUAGCUUUGAUCUUCGUGGCUUCGAAGAGACUCUAAAUUGGAUCAAUGCACAAUGGAAUGAGCGAUACGUGCUCCGGGAAAUCAAUAUCUGCUUCCACCUUCGAGAGUCCAAUGCACAAGCAGCGAGGGACCAAUUGCGUUUCUCUGCAAAUAUGAACAAAGCAUGGGAGAAGAGCAAAAAGUGGCGGAUUGUACCCGAUGAUGAGAUACCGACCGAUUAA